AUCAGCUGUUUCUUCUCGCAGAGAAAGAAAACAUUGACGUGUAGCUGGCAAAUUACAUUUUAACUAAUUUUAAUUUCAAUUACAGAAAAUUUUCACAAAUCACUUGAACACAAUUGUAAAUUUAAUAAAUAAAACAAGUUAUAAAAAUGGGCAGUAAACUCUUUAACAAAAUACUGCUAAUUGCUGGCUUUGCUAGCUUAGCGCAUGCCGCUUUUUCUGCCGCACACCAUCGGACCUAUUUGCGACUCACGGAACAGGAGUGGACCAGUCUGCCUCUAGAUAUCAUACUGCAAACGGUGAUCAGUUUGGUGGUUGUUGUCUAUAAUAUUAUCCAAAUCGUGGGCAACUUCAAGGAGAUUCGCGCCACUGUGGACAUGCAGCAGAGGACUUGGGAUACUCUUGGCAACUUUCCAUCCUUCUACACAUUCAAUCAUCGCGGUCGCGCUUUGAGUCCCGGCUAUAAGCCGCCCCGGCUAAACGAUCCCGAUGCACAACAAUAGUUGUAUUAACUAAAUAUUCAUGAAUAGCCGGUUUAAAUGUCUAGAUUAAUGCCAUUUUUUCAUAAAUUAUGCUAAACCAACUU